AUGUUCCUAAAUUUGAGCUCUAAUCUGUUCCAAGGUCUCAUCCCUGUUUCGCCACCACUCCUACAAGCACUGGAUCUAUCAAGCAACGCUCUCUCAGGACCGCUACCAUCGACCUUUGCACCGGUGUCGGAAUACUUGUUCUUCUCAAACAACCAUAUUAACGGGAGUAUACCAUCCUACGUCUGCACUUUGCAGCUGCUCUCUGCCCUCGAUCUGUCGAACAAUCAAAUCUCAGGAGAAAUACCUCGGUGUUGGCAAGAGGCAAAUGAACUUUGGUUUAUCAAUCUGGCGAAUAAUAAGCUCGGUGGAAAGAUUCCUAACUCCAUCGGAAACUUGACCAAGCUCAGGUCCUUGCACCUGAAUAACAACCGCCUCCAUGGAUAUCUUCCACCAUCGUUGCAAAGUUGUAGCCAGUUAGCUGUCAUCGACCUCGGUCGCAACCAUUUUUGGGGCAACAUACCGGCAUGGAUCGGACAAAGCUUUCGAUAUCUGGAGGUACUGUCGCUACGCUCGAAUAUGUUGUCAGGCAACAUUCCGCCACAGCUUGGUCAACUAAGUAAUCUUCAGAUCAUUGACUUUGCCGAUAACAAGCUAUCAGGGAUCAUACCACGCUCAUUUGGUAAUUUCAGCGCCAUAAUUUCCAUGUCAAAGUCGAUGUCUUCCACUUUUACGACCGACAUGGAGUUGUCUCCGUUCCGCGAAAGCAUAACUCUAUCUAUAAAGUCUCCGUUCCGAGACAACAUAACUCUAUCUACAAAGGGACGAGAAGUAACCUUUUCGUCUAUUCUAUAUCUUGUGAAGAGCAUCGACCUUUCAAAUAAUUCUCUGACCGGAGCAAUCCCCACGGAGAUCGGGUACCUUUACGCACUUCAAACUUUAAAUCUAUCAAGAAAUAGCAUUGGAGGUAUGAUUCCGAGUACUAUUGGCGGAAUGAAAUCACUGGAAACUCUUGACUUAUCAUUCAAUGACUUGUCCGGAUCCAUUCCUCGAAGCUUUUCAGGCCUGAAUUAUCUGAGUGACUUGAAUCUGUCUUAUAACAAUCUAUCAGGAGCCAUUCCAUCGGGUUAUCAACUUCAAACACUUGCAGCAUCCAGUUACAUCGGUAAUGCGAAUCUUUGUGGCCCUCCGGUUAGCAAGAGUUGCCUCGAGAAGACAAAUAUCAAUGCGACAUACGAGGAGGAGGAAGAAGGAUUUCAUGCCUUUUCAUUUUACUUUGGCAUCACACUCGGUUAUUUGGUUGGACAGUGGUGCGUGUUUAUCAUCAUGCUAUUUAAGGAAGAUUGGAGGAUGUUUUAUUUUCGAAUGAUUGAUCGAUUAUAUGACAAAGCGUGUGUGGCAAUCAAGAUAAAGAUCAACGGAUGGAGGAUCAAUAAAGGAGAGAGACGUACUCAAAAGUGA